AUGUCGCCUCAUAGUGAUACCCAAGAAACCUCGCAGGAGGCAACUGUCACCGUUCAACCUGAUACCCUUGUUUGCCUAACCAUCACGGCCUACAAAAAACCAUCUCUUAGCGAGAAAGAGUACAGGCAUCACAUGACAAAGGUUCAUGCCAAGCUCGUCAGCCCUUUGAUGGAGGAGUAUGGCAUUGUUCGCUACACCAUGACACACAACACGAAAGAGACACGCCCGAUGCUUUAUCAGCUUUACGAUCCGCAGUUCUCCAACCAGUCAGACUAUGAUUGCAUCGUACAGUUUAUUUUCAAGGACAUCAAGGACUUUCUUCGCAUGAAGGCAGAUCCGCGUUUCCUCGAAAAGGUUGCGCCCGAUCACGUCAACUUUGCUGACACCAAGCGAUCAACUAUGACUGUUGGGUAUUAUGAGGAAUUUGUCAACAAUGGCAAGGUCGUUCCCAAGGACUGA